GUCAGGGGAUGAAGAAGGGAAGAAGCAAGCAGCUUGCAUAGUGACAGACCUCAGCCAGCAGAGCCUGAGAGAUGAGCAGAAUGGCGAGAAUUCAACAGGAGAAGCAGAGACACCAGUGGAUAUGGAGACAAUUAGCCUGGACCCAGAAGCAGAGGAUGUGGACCUGAACCAUUUCCGAAUUGGCAAGAUUGAAGGAUUUGAGGUGCUCAAAAAAGUGAAGAUUCUGUGUCUGCGUCAGAAUCUGAUUAAGCACAUUGCGAAUCUGGAACAGUUGCAGACUCUCCGAGAGCUGGAUCUCUACGACAAUCAGAUUCGAAAGAUUGAGAACUUGGAGUCCUUAACAGAGCUUGAGAUCCUGGACAUCUCAUUUAACAUACUGCGAUGCAUUGAAGGACUAGACCGACUCACCCAACUAAAAAAGCUGUUCCUUGUCAACAAUAAAAUCAGCAAAAUUGAGAACCUGAGCAGCCUACAGCAAUUACAGAUGUUAGAGUUGGGAUCCAAUCGAAUCCGGGCAAUUGAAAAUAUUGACACACUGACUAACCUGGACAGUCUGUUCCUGGGGAAGAACAAAAUCACCAAGCUCCAGAACUUGGAUGCACUGACAAACUUGACAGUGCUCAGUAUACAGAGCAAUCGCCUAACCAAGAUUGAGGGUCUGCAGAACCUGGUGAACUUGCGUGAGCUGUAUCUUAGCCACAAUGGCGUAGAAGUCAUUGAGGGACUGGAGAACAAUAAUAAACUUACAAUGCUGGACAUUGCAUCCAAUAGAAUCAAAAAGAUCGAAAAUAUCAGCCAUCUAACAGAGCUCCAGGAAUUCUGGAGGGCCUGUGCAGCGGGAUGGAGAAUCAUCUAUGCAGGGGCAAGCCUGACCUUGUGCUUAUCUCCUCACACCUUGCAGCACCCUUCAAAAGAUCUGGUGGCACCCCCAGUUGCCCUGGCACCCUUUGUUGAGAAUGACUGGCUUAGACAGUGUACAGGUUUGUGCCUCACCUUGUCAGGCAGGAGUACUCUUUUUGAAAAUAAUAAUUUAAUGGAGAAAGCCUGAAGCCCAGAGCUUCAGAUUUUUUUUUUGAUAAUGGCUUUUGGGGACAAAUUAAAGAAUUAAAACCUAGGGAUUAGAUGUAGGAGGGUGGAGAAAAAUCUUGAAGGAAGGGAUUCAAGCCUGCAGAAGAACUGAAUGCUACAUGGAGUGAGAUGGACAAUCUGUGAACAAGGGCAUUCUGCAGAGGCAUUUCCAUGGAUCUUGCCCAGCUUCCCUGUUAGACAAGGUUUGUUUCACCUCUAGAGUACAGUCAGUAGCUAGUAUUCCAAAGAGGGUUGUGAUGGAUGUUGAAGAAUAGCUAUGUUGUAGAAGAGUCAGCAGCAAGGUUUCCGAAGAUCAAAUAGUGUCAGGCCUUUUCAGCUGGGUUUCACCAGUCUGCUGUCACAGCCUAUCAUAUCUGUCUCCCAGUUUUAGAUAGCGGGUAGUGCCUUGUAGGCAACCUCUUGCUGUGCUCUCACUAAUGAGGCUUUGCUGAGAGUGUUCGUGUGUGUGUGUGUGUGUGUGUGUAUGUUUGUGUGUGCC